CUCUCGCUAUCUCUCUCAGCAUAAGUCUCUUUGAAAACAAGAAAUAUCUUAUUUUUGUAUAAAAACAGAACAAAACAGAGGAUCAUGGUUAUGUAUGAAGAGGAUUUUGUGUUGAACUCACGAGGCAUGAAGUUGUUCACUUGUGUAUGGAAACCAGUGAAGAAAGAACCAAAGGCAUUGCUCUUCCUCUGCCAUGGCUACGCUAUGGAGUCCAGCAUCACCAUGAACAGCGCAGCCACGAGGUUAGCCAAUGCCGGUUUUGCGGUAUAUGGAAUGGACUAUGAAGGACAUGGAAAAUCUGAGGGUCUAAAUGGUUACAUCAGUAACUUUGAUGAUCUCGUUGAAGAUGUCUCUAAUCAUUAUUCUACAAUUUGUGAGAGGGAAGAGAACAAGGGGAAGAUGAGGUUCCUACUUGGAGAAUCCAUGGGAGGAGCAGUUGUGUUGCUCUUAGCCAGAAAGAAGCCUGAUUUUUGGGACGGUGCCGUUUUGGUCGCACCCAUGUGUAAGUUAGCAGACGAGAUAAAGCCACAUCCAGUAGUGAUCUCAAUCCUUAUCAAGUUAGCCAAGUUUAUUCCGACGUGGAAAAUAGUUCCAGGAAAUGAUAUUAUUGACAUUGCAAUUAAAGAACCUCACAUCAGAAAUCAGGUGAGGGAGAACAAGUAUUGCUAUAAAGGCCGGCCUCGCCUCAACACCGCCUACCAACUCUUGUUGGUUAGCUUAGAUCUUGAGAAGAAUCUUCACCAGGCGAGUGAAACAGAGGACAUCAAGUACGAAGAGAGUUUCAUAAAGAACACUCGAGGAUUUAAGUUGUUCACGUGCAGAUGGAUACCAGCGAACCAAGAGCCAAGGGCUUUAGUUUUCCUUUGCCAUGGAUAUGGCAUGGAAUGCAGCAUCACCAUGAAUAGUACUGCAAGGAGGAUCGUGAAGGCAGGAUUUGCAGUAUAUGGAAUGGAUUAUGAGGGACAUGGCAAAUCUGAUGGGCUUAGCGCUUAUAUCCCAAACUUUGACCACCUCGUUGAUGAUGUCUCCACUCACUACACAACUAUUUGCGAGAGAGAAGAGAACAAAUGGAAGAUGAGGUUUAUGUUAGGAGAGUCAAUGGGAGGAGCAGUGGUUUUGUUGCUACGCAGGAAGAACCCUGACUUUUGGGAUGGAGCUAUCUUGGUCGCUCCAAUGUGUAAGAUCGCAGAAGAAAUGAAGCCAAGUCCUUUUGUUAUUUCGAUAUUAACAAAGCUUAUCUCGAUUAUACCCAAAUGGAAAAUCAUUCCUAGUCAAGAUAUCAUCGAGAUUUCAUAUAAAGAGCCAGAGAUAAGAAAACAGGUUAGAGAAAAUCCUUUAUGCUCCAAAGGACGACCACGCUUGAAAACUGCGUAUGAGCUCUUAAGGAUCAGCAACGACUUGGAAAAGACACUUAAAGAGGUUUCAUUGCCGUUUAUGGUAUUACACGGAGAUGAUGAUAAAGUAACAGAUAAAGCAGUGAGCCAAGAACUGUACAAGGUUGCGUUGAGCGCUGACAAGACCUUAAAGUUGUACCCUGGGAUGUGGCACGGUUUGCUCACCGGCGAGACACCAGAGAACAUCGAAAUUGUCUUUGCCGACGUCAUCGGAUGGUUGGAAUCAAGAAGUGAUUAUGGAAAUGAUAGGUUUGAGUCGGAGCUUAAACAGAAUAAUGAUGGUUUUAAUUUCAAGAAAUAGUCGCUUGACUUACUACAUUUUUUUAUACAAGCGGUUUAAUGAAAUUCUGGUGUUUUG